AAUGGAUUGCUUAAAAUUUAGAAAGGAAAAAUUUUAUCAAUAAACACUCCUUAAUACUAAUGAAACUAGAUUCAGUGAUAAAGAACUAAAUGUCUUAAGAAAAAGGUACCUAUUCUUUAUUUACUUAGAUUUAUUUAUAUGACAAAUGGUAGUAAAUAUAUCAAUAAAGAAUAAUUUAAAUCAAAUUUAAGUAUUUUAGGAUUGGAAUCAAUAUCCUGUUUAGGUGAUGCCUUAUUUUAGGCAAUGGAUAUCAAUACUGAUGGUCAUCUAGAAUUUGAAGAAUUUGUGGCCUACUUUGAUAAAAUAACAUACGGAACAUAAGAAGAAAAGGCAGAAAUAUCUUUUCGUAUUAUAGAUCAAGCAAGAAAGGGUUAUAUUACUUAUUAAGACUUCAGUUGUACUAUGUAAUAGUUAAUAAAAUCAUAUACUAUUAUGAAAGGAACAGAUUUGACUGAUGAUAUUCUUGAACACAUGGAAAAGAGAUAUUAAGAAAUAUUCAAUUUAAUUGACAUGAAUAAAGAUUAAAAAAUCUCAUUAUAAGAAUACGUAUUAGCUUUAACUAGAAAUCCUCAAAUUUUAGAUAUUUUUGAAUUUUUAAAAAAAGGUGUUACACAAACAAUAAAAGAAAGUUAACAUAAGAGAGAUUAGAUGAUGUUAAAUGAGUUUGAUAAAUUAAGGAAUCAAACUGCCUAGAUUUUAAAUUUUAUAUAGGAUUAAUAAGAAAAAUCUAUCUCUUUAGUUAAAAAAUAAUCUUAUAAUUCAAAAUAUGGAGUUGAUGUUUUAUUUGAUGAGGCUGAAGUUUCAGAAAAUCUAAUCGAAAAAGAUGAUUAGAUCUCGAUUUAGUCUAUGUCUAAUGAUUAGUUAAAACUUAAAUUUAAAGAAGUUUAUUAACAACUGUAAAAAUUAUAUUUAGAUACUGAAAAUUCUCUUAGUAAAAUGGAGAGUUUAUAUCAUGAAAAAUUAGAUUAAUAAGAGUUUUAAGAAUAAGUUUUAAUCAAAUAAGUAUCUAUAAACAAUAAUAAAUACAAAAAAUCAUCUGUAUAAAUUAGUAAUGAUAUAUGGGACUUAGUUAUUAAUAUGAUGGUAGGUAUAUAAAUGGCAGUAAAAUCUUCUAAUGCUGUUAUUGAAAACUUUAUUUCUAAUACAGAUUUUGAAUUAAAAUAAUGUUUUGAAAUAAUUUCUCAUUAAAAUAGAGAUAAAUGUAAAUUCUAUGAUUAUGCACCUAAAGUCUUUAAUUAAAUAAGAAAGUUAUAAAUGAUUGAUAAUGAUAAUUAUUUAAAUAGUAUUGGACCUGAAAAUCUUUUAUUUAAUUUUAUGUAAGGUGACCUUAGUACAUUAACUGAAUUAACUUCAACUGGUAAGAGUGGAAGUUUCUUUUAUUACUCUUAAGAUGGAUUGUAUACAAUUAAAACAAUUUCUGAAAAGGAAUUUUAUUUAUUUAAAAAAAUACUUAUAAAUUAUUUCAAUUAUUUAAAAGAUUCACCAAAUACUCUAAUUAUCAAACUUUAUGGCUUACAUAAAAUAAGCAUAAAUGGUAAAGAGACUUGCUUUAUUGUAAUGGGAAAUAUAUUUAAGACAGAAUAUUAAAUUCACAAAAAGUAUGAUAUAAAAGGAAGUAAAUAUAAAAGAAGUACUUAAUUAAAUGUUGACCCUGAUGUAGCUCGUAAAGAUUUAGACUUUAUUUCUAAUAAUGAGAUUAUAUCAAUAGAUAAAAAAAGAAGAUAAGAACUAAUAGAAUAAAUAGAAAAAGAUUCAGAAUUUUUAUCAAAUAAUAAUUUAUUAGAUUAUAGUUUAUUAAUAGGUAUUCAUUUUAUAGAGAGCAAAAAGGAAUUUUAGAUGAUUGAAAAUUUAAGAGAUUUCAAAAUAAUAAAAUCUAUUGAAGAAGAUAAAUUAUUCUUUUUUGGUAUAAUAGAUAUAUUGACUGAAUUUAAGUAAUUAAUUGUAUCAAUAUGUUUUAGUACUUAAAAGUAAUUAGAAUCAUGCUUUAAAAGGAUCAUAUAGGGUCCAUAAAUUUCAGCUAUUCCUCCUAAAGAAUAUUCAUUGAGAUUCAAAAAUUUCAUCAGAUAAAUAGUAAGCUACUAAAAUAAUGAUGAUUUUUGA